AUGGCUUGUAACUAUAGCCAUGACUCUACACAACAAAGAUCACUGAUGAUGUUGCUGUUAACAGUUUUGGUGCUGAGUUUAUCUUCACGGAGCUGUAACAGUUUCGGCACAUUCGGUUUGGAUAUUCAUCACAGAUUCUCGGAUCCAGUUACCGAGAUUCUAGGCAUUGAUGAUGGUGAAUUGUUGCCUCGUAAAGGUACUCCUCAAUACUACGCUGCUAUGGUUCAUAGAGAUCGCGUAUUUCACGGUCGUCGACUUGCCGGGGAUUACAAUUCGCCGGUUACUUUCGCCGCCGGCAAUGAAACUCAUCGGAUUGCUGCUUUUGGAUUUUUGCAUUUUGCCAAUGUUUCGGUUGGGACACCACCUUUGUGGUUUUUGGUGGCAUUGGAUACCGGCAGUGACUUGUUCUGGUUACCUUGUAACUGUACCAGCUGUGUUCGCGGUUUAAAGACACAAACCGGAAAGGUAAUUGAUCUUAAUAUAUAUGAGCUUGAUAAGUCGUCUACGAGGAACAGUGUUCCAUGCAGUAGCAACAUGUGUAAACAAACACAAUGCCCUUCAUCUCGUAGCAGCUGUCGCUACGAAGUUGAGUAUCUUUCAAAUGAUACUUCAUCUUCUGGAUUCUUGAUAGAAGAUGUGUUACACUUGGUUACAGAUAAUGAUCAAACAAAAGAUGUUGACACACACAUUACUAUUGGUUGUGGCCAGGUUCAGACUGGUGUGUUUCUAAAUGGUGCAGCUCCUAAUGGUUUAUUUGGACUUGGAAUGGAAAAUGUAUCUGUUCCAAGCAUCCUAGCCCAAAAGGGGCUUAUUUCAGACUCAUUUUCAAUGUGUUUUGGAUCUGAUGGUUCUGGAAGAAUCACGUUUGGUGAUACAGGCAGCUCGGAUCAAGGAAAAACUCCAUUCAACCUCAGGGAAUCGCAUCCAACAUAUAACAUCACAAUUACACAAAUCAUUGUGGGAGGAGAUGCUGCUGAUCACGAGUUUCAUGCAAUUUUUGACUCUGGUACCUCAUUCACGUACCUAAAUGACCCAGCCUAUACUCUUAUUUCCAAGAAAUUUAAUUCUCUAGUCAAAGCUGUUCGACAUUCACCCCUGUCACCUGACUCCGAACUCCCCUUUGAAUAUUGUUAUGACAUAAGUCCAGAUCAGACAAUUGAAGUUCCCUUUUUGAAUCUAACCAUGAAAGGUGGAGAUGAUUACUAUGUCACGGAUCCAAUAGUACCAGUUUCUAGUGAGGUUGAGGGAAAUCUUCUUUGUUUGGGAAUACAAAAAAGUGACAAUUUGAAUAUCAUUGGACAAAACUUCAUGACUGGUUACCGUAUAGUUUUCGAUCGCGAAAACAUGAAUCUUGGUUGGAAGGAAUCAAACUGUACUGAUGAAGUGCUAUCCAAUACAAGACCUAUAAACAAAUCUCACUCACAUGCUGUUUCCCCUGCUAUUGCUGUGAAUCCUGUGGCUAGAUCAGAACCAUCAAGUAAUACUGGCAGAUUUUCACCUAGUCAGUCAUUUAGGAUGAAGCCUACUUUUGCAUAUAUGGUGCUCCUUUUUUCACUUAUAGCCAUUUUUUAG